AUGUACAAGGAAGACUUCAGGAACAUGACUGAGGAGAACAGGAACAGCAGCAGCUCCUCCUCUGCCUUCCCUCACACGGACACCAUGAGUGCCAUACUGAUCACCGCCUACUCGGUCGCCCUGGCCGGAGGCGUCAUCGGGUCCAUCACAAUGUCCUUCGUGCUGGUCAAGAUGAACACUCUGUCUGUGACCACCACAGCCAUCAUCAACCUGGUGGUCGUCCACAGCCUCCUCCUCUUCACGGUGCCUUUCCGCCUACACUACUACGUCCACAAGACGUGGGUCUUCAAGAUGGCGGCUUGCAAGCUGGUGAGCGCAAUGGUGCACAUCCACAUGUACCUCACCUUCCUCUUCUACGUGAUCACGCUGGUCAUCCGCUGGCUCAUCUUCUUCCAGUGGAAGGACAAGGUGGAGUUCUACAGGAAGCUGCACGCCAUCGCGGCCAGCGCCGCCGUCUGGGUCUUCGUCAUGGUCUUCGUGGUGCCCGUCUUGUACUUUGAGUACGGGCGCUUCGGCCCCUACGAGGACACGACGUGCUUCAAGUUCCACAAAGAGCUGCAGCAGGAGAGCGUGAAGGCCCUCAACUACACCAUCAUCGCAGCCGUCGCCUGCGUUACCUCUCUCCUCUUGGGCCUGCAGGUUUUCAUCCUGGUCAAAGUGGUGAGGAAAUUUUCCACCUCUCUCUGGUUACACCAAGAGUUCUGGGCCCAGCUGAAAAACUUCAUUUUCAUCUGCGUCAUCAUCAUCUGCUUCCUGCCCUACCACCUCUUCAGGGCCUACUACAUCCGCCACAUGAGCGAUGUCGCGCCGCUGGAAAGCUACAAUGAAGUGUUUCUGAGCCUGACUGCCCUCAGCUGUCUGGACCUGCUGUCCUUCGUGCUGAGUGGAAGCCGGCUCUUCAAGCAGAAGGUGGUCAUGCUCCAGAGCAGGCUGCCUUGCUGCUAG